AACAUAAAGAAAACAAAAGGAGCUAACAAAACCAAAACCAAACAAUAAGCAAAGUCUUCGGGUAAAAAAGAAAUGGUGAAGAUAGAAUUUGGAAGUUUGGGUGACUCAUUCAGCGUUGCAUCUCUAAAGGCUUACUUGUCUGAGUUUAUCGCAACUCUUCUCUUCGUAUUCGCUGGCGUUGGCUCAGCUAUCGCGUUUGGGAAGCUAACCUCCGAUGCAGCCUUGGACCCAGCUGGUCUUGUGGCGAUUGCGAUAGCUCACGCGUUUGCCUUGUUCGUUGGAGUUUCGAUUGCCGCUAACAUCUCUGGUGGCCACCUUAACCCUGCCGUGACUCUCGGUCUUGCCGUUGGCGGAAACAUAACAUUGAUCACAGGUUUCUUCUACUGGAUCGCUCAGUGUCUUGGCUCCAUCGUUGCUUGCCUUCUACUUGUCUUCGUUACCAAUGGCGAGAGCGUACCAACCCAUGGAGUGGCAGCCGGUUUAGGAGCGGUCGAAGGCAUCGUGAUGGAGAUCAUCGUGACCUUUGCUUUGGUAUACACCGUUUACGCAACAGCGGCUGAUCCAAAGAAAGGAUCGCUCGGAACCAUCGCUCCCAUCGCUAUCGGUUUCAUCGUUGGUGCCAACAUUCUCGCUGCUGGUCCGUUCAGCGGUGGCUCCAUGAACCCAGCAAGGUCGUUUGGACCAGCUGUUGUCAGUGGAGACUUGUCACAAAUCUGGAUCUACUGGGUGGGUCCACUCGUUGGUGGUGCACUUGCCGGACUCAUCUACGGCGACGUUUUCAUCGGUUCUUACCAAGCUGUAGAAACCCGUGAGCUCCGAGUCUAAGUGACCGGCUUUGUGAUUGCUUGAUGUUUGCUUGUUGGUUGGUUUGGUAUUUUGUAUGCGUGUUUUGUGUCCAGUUUCUACCAAUAUUGUAUGUGCAGAAAAAAAAAGUCAAGUCUUGUUAAUAACAAGAAAAUGUAUAUGUAUCCAUUUUAUAUGUGAAAAUUUAACGAAACAUUUCAAAUGGUAAAAAAUAGCCAAACCACAAACAUGAAAACAUGAACAAAU